GGCUGGAAGACAAACUCAUCUACAUUUAUAAUCGAUAUCUUACGUAUUUGUGGUUGUUUUGUUUUGUUUUUAUUGAGCGCUGUCGACGUGAAACCUACAGCGAUGUCUGCUCAGGCUCAAAUGAGAGCUUUGCUCGACCAGCUAAUGGGAACAGCGAGGGACGGUUCAGUGUAUCUUUGCCAGCCUACAUCAAUCUGCAAAGGAGUUGCAGAAAAGCCUCAUGUUCAUCGAGCCGAGAUGAGACGCGUCAGAGAGUCAAGUUCACCGAUGAUCGAGUCUGCAAAAGUCAUCUUCUGAACUGCUGUCCAAAUGACAUCCUGUCUGGAACUCGUAUGGACCUUGGGGAGUGCACGAAGAUUCACGACCUGGCACUUCGAGCGGAUUAUGAAAUUGCUUCCAAGGAACGAGAUCUGUUUUUUGAACUUGAUGCGGUGGAGCACUUGGAGUCUUUCAUUGCUGACUGUGAUCGGAGGACUGAACUGGCCAAGAAGCGGCUGGCUGAGACUCAAGAAGAGAUCAGUGCUGAGGUGGCAGCAAAGGCAGAGAAGGUCCACGAGCUAAAUGAGGAAAUCGGGAAACUCCUGGCCAAGGCUGAGCAACUUGGAGCUGAGGGCAAUGUGGACGAAGCCCAGAAAAUUCUGCAGGAGGUAGAGAAGGUCCGCACUAAGAAAAAGGAUGCAGAGGAAGAGUACAGGAACUCGAUGCCCGCGUCCAGUUUCCAGCAGCAGAAGCUGAGGGUAUGUGAGGUGUGUUCUGCCUACCUGGGUCUCCAUGACAAUGAUCGUCGCCUGGCCGACCACUUUGGUGGGAAGCUUCACUUAGGGUUCAUCCAGAUCAGAGAGAAACUGGACCAGUUAAAGAAAACUGUCGCCGACAAGCAGGAGAAAAGAAACCAGGAGCGCAUAAAAAGAAGAGAGGAGAGGGAGAAAGAGGAAAGGAUGAGGAAGAGGACCAGAUCUCGAAGCAGAGAGCAUAAAAGGUCCCGUUCUCGUGAUCGCAGUGAUCGCAGACGGAGGCGCUCACGUUCAACAUCACGUGAUAGGCGCCGGUCACGCUCACGCUCCAGGGACAGGAGGAGGCGACACCGCAGCAGAUCUCGUUCCCGUAGCCGAGGCCACCGGUACAGCCAUAAGUCGUCUAGGGACCGGGAGCGUUCAUCCAGAGACAGAUCACGGGAUAAAGACAGGAGGGACAGUGUGAACGGCAGGUCAGAUUCCCGCCGGGACGCGGGUGACCUCUGAAGACCAAUGUCCGUCCACCACAUCACACAGCUUCCUCCUGUUUGUCCAUUUAUCCUCUCCUUGCCUUGUUACCUUGGUUCCCCGCCUGGCUCAUCAUCUUCUUGUUUAAAUUCAGUUUUUUUUUUCCUGUGGUUAUUGUGACAGACAUCGUGUUCACAUACUCAAAAUAUUGCCUGGGUUCUAUGUUGCAUCCAGCAGUUAGAUUGUUUGGACACUUUUGGAUCUUUAGUGGAGCACGUU